UGGCACCCAGAGGCCUCUGCGGCUGGAGGGACCAGUGCUCAGAGCCCGGGAUCCCCAGGCAGCAAAAGGCCGCCAGGCUGGAGCUGGAAGCCGACCUCGGUGGGCCGGGGGCUGCCGGGCAGCGGCUCCUCCAGGCCCAGGCCCCUGCCCAGAAAGAGCCCGUGGCAGUGGCGGUGUCCCGGAGGCCGAGUGGCCGUGCAGGGAGCAUGCUGCGCUGGUUCACCACCGUGAUCCUGUGUCUGGCCUUCCUGGGGAUGGGAAUAGCUACUUCUAUACUGGGACCCACGUUUCAAGAUCUGGCCACUAACGUGAACCGCAAUAUCAGCAGUCUUUCUGAAAUAUUUGUGGGUCGUGCUCUAGGAUAUAUGUGUGGCUCUUUGAUCGGAGGAGUUCUUUUGGACUGUAUGAAUCAGUUUUUACUUCUGGGGCUGUCCAUGUGGGUCAUGACUGUGAGUACUUAUCUUAUUCCAUUUUGCAAGACUGCACUGUUGCUGAUUGUCAUGAUGUCUGCCAUGGGUGUCUCAUUUGGUGUUCUGGAUACAGGUGGGAAAGUGAUCAUCUUGGCUCUUUGGGGGGACAAGAGCCCCAGCCACAUGCAGGCCUUACAGUUCAAUUUUGCCCUGGGUGCCUUCCUGGCACCCCUGCUGGCUAAACUGGCGCUGGGCCCCACAGAGUCUGCUGACAACCACACAGAAACCGACUUUCUCCCUGCAGCCCUCAAUGCCUCUUCUGAAGCCGCCUCAGACCCUCUACUCGCAGCUCCCCAUGACAUGAACUUACUGUGGGCUUAUGCUUCCUUAGGCACUUACAUUCUUGUAGUUUCUCUCCAUUUCUUUGCUCUGUUCUGCAUGAAAAGCUCUAGGCAGGGAAAAUCAACAGCAUCUGCUCAGCAAUCUCGAAGAGCUCAAUACCACAAGACCCUUCUCUGUCUGCUUUUUCUGUUGUCCUUCUUCUACGUUGGGGCUCAGGUGACAUACACUUCUUACCUUUUCUCCUUUGUCACCACCCAUGUUGGCAUGGAGGAGGGAGAGGCAGCUGGCUUGAACUCCAUCUUCUGGGGGACCUUCACAGCCUGCAGGGGCCUGGCAAUGCUUUUUGCUAGGUGUUUAAGCCCUGCCACUAUGAUUGUGUUGAGCAACAUUGGCAGCCUGGCCUCCUGUUUGUUUCUGGUGCUUUUUGACAGGAGCCCCCUUUGUCUCUGGAUAGCAACCUCGGUUUAUGGGGCCUCCAUGGCCACCCCAUAUCCCAGUGUUUUUCCUUGGAUGCAACAGUACACCACCAUCAGUGGCAAAUCUGCUGCAUUUAUUAUGAUUGGUGCUGCCUUGGGACUAAUGGCUAUUCCUGCAUUAACCGGAGUUCUUCAAGGACAAUAUCCAGUUCUACCAGUAGUUCUGUAUGCCUGUUUUGGGUCUGCAAUUUUCACUGCUGUUUUAUUUCCUAUGAUGUAUAAAGUAGCUACCUUGCCUCUGCGAAAAGGAAACAGAAAAGGCUGAACCAGAGGAUGCUAAUCUGUCUUUUGAGUAUUUCUGCUCUAUGAAGAGGACACCGUGCAGUGCCAAAGAGAACUGGCUUCAAAACAAGACUCAGCUUUCCAGCAACACAGAUGCACUUAACAAAGACCUCACCUGUGACUCAAGAACUGAUUUCUAAAUUGAAAAUCUCUCAUUUUCAUAGUUUCUCUGAGAUAUCCUCUAGGAAUUAAUGUGAUU